ACUAAAAAUAAAUAAUAACAAAUAUUAAUAAAUCGUUUGUAUAAUAAUAAAAAUAAUAAGAAGGGUUUGAUAUCUUUCACAAAUACCUAAUUAAUAAAAUAUUUACUAUUAAGCAAAUAAAAAUUAAAUAAAUUAGCAUUUUAUGAGUGACAGUUAUUCUUUGGAAACUAUCAGCAUACUCUAGUAAAGAUGUGAAAGUUUAUAUAAAAGUGCUAAGUAUAAUGAAUGCAUAGAAAGCAUGGAGGAAUUAGUUAGCGCAAAAAAAUUUCAUUAUGGAGAAGAUAGCUCUGAGUAUGCUAAAAGCUCUGAAAGACUCUGUGAGGUGUUGAACCUUUCAGCUAUGAUAAAUUUGCAAAAAGAAAAAUUUGAUUUGACUAUUGAGCAGUUGAGAAAAGCAGAGAUGCUUUGUCAUACUUCUCUUAGAUUCAAAGCUACUACUUAUAAUAAUUUAGCUUGCUUUUACCGUAGAACUGGAAAAUUGAGAACUGCAUACAAUUAUUUAUAAAUGGCUCUUGAAAUAGAACUAAAAAUGGGAAAUAUGCCUUCUCUUGCAGAUACUCAUCUAAAUUUAUGUGCAGUUUUGAGCUAAUUAGGCAUACUUAAGCUUUAGAGCACUCUCUUUUGAGCAUAGUUAUUUUGUAAGAUGAGUUUUUAUAGAUAACUCUUAAGCAUUAUAGAGAAUAGAAUGGAUUAAGCAAGAGUAAUGAAAUCAAUGGUAUCAAGUUAAGUGAUAUUGAUGUCAAAGCGAAAAUUACAGAUGAUCGCCUUGCUGUAUUAGCUAUAGCUUAUCAUAAUUUAGGAGUAGAACUUGAACAUCUAAAAAGAUAUGAUGAAAGUAUGAAGAUAUAUAAUAGAGCUCUUAAUUUUGCAUCUGAUAAUUUAGGAUAGAAUCACUCAUUAGUUUAGAAUCUCACUAGAGUUCUAUAAUAAGCAUUUAGUUAACUUGAAGGAAAUAAAGCAGCAUCUAGAUGUCAUGUAAAUGGAACUAAAAAAUAAUUUAGAGAUAUUUAUAGGGAAAGAGUAUAAUCAGCAAAUGUAUAGCAUGAUAUGAAUAGUACAAUUGGUGGAACACCAAGUGCAUCAAACGCAGCAUAAAAAAACCUACCUAAAUUGACAAAACCAGAAAAACUAAAUACAUGCAUUUCAACAAACUAUUAUAAGCCAGACAAUUAAGAAAGUACUAAAGGGAUUUUAAUGAAUAAUGGAAGUACUCCAUUAAAUAACAAAUUUAUAAAAAGAACUAUGUCUGGAAACGAUAGCAUCUAAAAUGAUCAAGGGAGACUAAAUUCUACAGUUAGAAAGAAAAAUUAAUAUUUUAUGGCAGGUUCAAACAGGUAGACUCCUACUUAGGCAUAUAAACCGAACCCUUAAAGUUUUGACUUUUCAAACGGAAAUAUUGGUAUUUAGUAACACUAGAGGAAUAUGAGUGCAAAUACUUACCAUAACAGCAAUAACUCAAGACCUAUGAGCAUUAAUGAUAGCUAAUAGCUUAACUUGAGUUACAUAAAUAAAUCGAAUACGCCAAGUAAUAACAAUUUUUUGGGAACUUAUUAAAAUAAUAAUAACUACAGCUUUGAUGCAAGCUUAUAAAACGAUAUAGUUUAUAAUAGCUACAAUAUCAAUAAAAAUUAAAAUAAUUAGCAAAGUAUUUUAAAACUUACUCCUAAUUAGAUAGGCUUGAAUAGCAGUGUUAAUUAAUCAAUUAAUAAUUUUAAUAAUAUAAAUUAUCAAAAUAGUAUAUCUUCUAAUUCUCCUUAAAUACAACAAUCAAUUAGCUUUAAUCAAAGGAAUGCAUAAUUAAUUGAUAAUCAUUAGUAGCCUACUUAUCCUAUUGAUUCAUAAAUACAAUACAAUAAUUGA